GGUUUUUUUUCUUCUUGUUGGGUAUUUUAUUGGGGUGGGCUCUUUUGCAUCUCCCCUUUUGUGAAAAACCAUUGUUGAGCAAGAGGACAAGGACGACAACGACAGCGAGUGCAUUUAACUUGUCCUUUUGGUUUUCUCGUUGCGUUGGAAUUGGCUCUUGCAAUGGCACAAUCCUUUAAUAUCCCGACGGCAUUGUCCUAUGUCGGAUAUGAUUUGGCAGACACAAAUUUCGUGGUUGAACCUUCUCCAGUGGGAGAUCUCGUGAGCGAGUGGGCGAAACAAGGAACAAGAAAUGCAUAUGGAAACACAGGAUCCGUCGUCACCAUUGAAAACGCUAGAGCAGAUUUUCAUGCUGCCACACACCAAGCUGUCCUGAACAAGUCUCUUGCAACCGUUUACAUUCCAUCAAGCGAACUCAUCAACACUAUCCCCACACUGUACAAGCUCAUCGGAGACAAGGCUCCCUUUGUCUUUCACACUCCUCUUGCGCACAAUGGUGACACAUCGGACAUCUUUGCGAUCCGGCAAACCGGCGCUCUCUUGAUUGCAUCUCACGGCGCACAGCAGGCUCACGAUGUGGGCCUCAUCUCCCAUAUUGUGGCCCUUCGCAACCACAUCCCUGUCGUGCACUUUUACGCAGAUAGCCGAAGCUACGAACAGAUUCACACGAUUCAGUACUCGGAGCUCUCAAACUUGUUUGCUGAACAGAAAGAUUUGGUCAACAAGUAUCACCAAAAGAAUGCUGAGGUCAAAGACUCCCUCUUCCUGCCAAGCUCACAACCUUCUAUUGACUACACUCAGAUAACACAGUCAUUUGUUGAUGUUAUCCAACAACUGAAGCCAGCUUUUGGAACGCGCGCUUACAAAUUAUUCGAGUACACUGGUGCUCAUGACGCAACCGAUGUCAUUGUUGUGCUUGGUACAGCAUCGUCAACAGUGGAGGAAACCGUGCAUAAUCUCGUCGUCAGUGGUCGCAAAGUUGGAGUUGUUCGCGUCCGUGUCUACCGGCCGUGGUCCGAGGAACACUUCCUUGCUGCUUUACCACGAACUGUUCGACGUGUUUCAGUGCUCGAAACAGCUCAUACCUUGACAACAGCGUGGGGACCUUUGUUCUUGGACGUUGCAGCGUCAUUCCACUCUGGAAAAUGGCAAGGAGAAGCCCCUGCGGUGCGGGAGGGAAGAGUACAUUUGGGUACGGAAGGGUUUACCGGCGAAAUUGUAAAGUCGGCGCUGGAACGGACAGCCGCAGAUGAGCAAGGUACCUUUGUCAUCGGAGCUCCACAGGCGAAUGGCCAUGGUCCUGUAACGAGCAGUGUAAAUGGCACUGUGCCUCAUGUGGACUUGGAUUCGGUAAUCGAGGGACCAUACGUUAAGAUGCUGCAUCAACUCUUUGGUGAGCGUGUCUCCAUCGCAAACGUCGCAGCAGCAAGCUCGGUUUGGGGCAAGAAUGCAGCCGAGUCCAAUGCAGAGUUUGGUUUCGGAAUGCACCUUGCACUUGUGCAGCGUCGCAACCGAUUCGCGAAUGGUCUUGCAAACCUGGUCAAAGAUGCCUCUGCCGAUGUCCCUUUGAGUGCAGAAUUGCGCAAUGUGCUGGCCUCCUGGUUGCAACACAGGGAUGAUGCCGAAAAGUCGCACAAAUACGGAAAUGACGCCGUCCAUCUUUUGGAGACGGAAAAAUCUCGUCACCCUGCACUUGGCCAGCUUUAUGAAGACAGAGUAUUCUUUGCCAAACCUUCGCGCUGGCUCAUUGGUGGUGACCAACUUUCCUACGAUGUCGGCAACAGCGGUGUGCACCAUGUCAUCUCGUCCAAAGAAAAUAUCAAUAUGAUCGUGCUGGACACGCAACCCUAUUCUGAGAAGGUUGCGCCCGCUCAAGUGGACAAGCGCAAAAAGGAUAUAGGUCUGUAUGCCAUGCAGUACGGUGGAGUGUAUGUGGCCUCGGUUGCAGUAAAUGCGUCCUAUGCUCAAGUCCUUCGGGCAUUCAUGGAAGCGGACGCAUACCCUGGACCCGCCGUCGUACUUGCAUAUGCCCCGCGCAUUAACAAGGCUAGCAAGGGAGUUAGUAUUCCUCUUGGUAUGCUCAAGGAAACCAAACAGGCUGUGGACAGCGGUUACUGGCCGUUGUAUCGAUGGAACCCUAGCUUGGAGGAGAAGGGUCAGGAUCCUUUUGCUUUGGAUUCUGAAAAGGUGAAAAAGGAGAUCUUUGAAUUCUUGGAGCGCGAGAACCAUUUGGCGUACGUGCUCAAGAGUAAACCUGAAAUCUCUGAGCAAUUCACUGGUUCUGCGGAAUCGGAGCGCAAGGCUGCUAUUGAGAACAAGAUCAAGGCAUCAUACGCUGAGCUCCUCAGCAGCUUGAACACACAGCCCUUACUAGUCCUAUACGGAUCGGAUGGUGGAAAUGCAGAGGCAGUUGCCAAGCGGGUUGGUGCUGAAGCGAAGCAGCGCGGAUUGCGGCCGAGAGUCAUGGCAGCUGAUUCUUACAGCGUGGAGGACCUUCCUGGCGAACCCAACGUUGUAUUUGUCGUGUCUACGGCUGGACAAGGAGAGUUUCCUGGAAACUGUAAGGAGACAUGGAAGGCGCUCAGCUCGGUCACAGAGCUUGAUCUUAGCAAGACCAGGUUUGCUGUCCUCGCACUUGGUGAUCGACACUAUUGGCCAUUGCCCGAAGACAAGCAUUACUUUGCUAAGGCUGGUAAAGAUCUUGAUGCCAAGCUUGAGCUACUGGGUGCUCCUCGCCUGACUCCUCUCGGUAUUGGUGAUGAUCAAGAUCCUGACGGAUACCACACUGGUCUCAACCUUUGGCGCCCCUUGCUUUGGAAGGCUCUUGAUGUGGACGAAAUGGAUGUCAGCCUAGAGCCAGCCCUUCCGUCGGAUGAUGCCAUCAAAGAAUCCAGUAACUUCCUCCGUGGUACAAUUGCUGAAGGACUGGUCAACAGCUCCACCGGAGCACUUGUUGAGCUCGACACCAAGCUUAUCAAGUUCCACGGUAUUUACCAGCAAGAUGACCGUGACAUUCGGGAUGAGCGCGCUCGCCAAGGAUUCGAGCCUGCCUUCUCGUUCAUGGUGCGCUGCCGUAUCCCCGGAGGUACCAUCACCCCUCGGCAGUGGUUGGCUGUUGAUGAUAUCGCGGAUCGGUUCGCGAACGGUACGAUCAAGAUUACUACCCGUCAGACUUUCCAAUUUCAUGGAAUUGUUAAAAGGGUUUUGAAGCCAUCCAUCAGGGAGAUGAACCAAGCUUUGAUGGACACUAUCGCCGCCUGUGGAGAUGUCAAUCGAAACGUUCUUUGCAGUCCCAACGAGCACUCUUCCGAAGUCAACGAGGCGGUCUUGAAACUCGCCAGGGACUGGAGUACCCACAUGCUCCCUCACUCGGGCGCAUACCACGAGAUCUGGCUUGACAAGAAAUUGGUUGUGUCCACACAGGAGGAGCACGAACCGAUCUACGGCAAAACGUUCCUUCCCCGUAAAUUCAAGACUGCCAUCGCCGUGCCUCCCCACAAUGACGUAGACAUCUUUGCCAAUGACCUUGGAUACAUUGCAAUCAUUGAGAACGGCAAGAUUGUCGGAUACAAUGUGACAGUUGGAGGUGGCAUGGGUAUGACGCACGGAAACAAGAAGACUUACCCACGACUUGCGGAUGUACUCGGGUUUUGCACACCCGAGCAGGCGAUCGAAGUUGGUGAAAAGGUCGUGACGGUCCAGCGUGAUUAUGGAGACCGUACCAACCGCAAGCACGCCCGAUUGAAGUACACGAUCGAUGACCGUAGCAUCGAAUGGUUCCGUGGAGAGGUAGAAAAGCGUUUGGGAUGGAAGCUUCCCGCUCCUCGUCCUUUCAAAUUUGACUCGAAUGGUGAUCGGUUUGGAUGGAUCCAAGAAUCUAAUGGAUCCUGGGCAUACACAAUGUUUAUCCAGAGCGGUCGAGUCAAGGACACACCCGAGCACCGCAUGAAAACUGCACUCAAAGAUUUGGCUAAGCUCUUGGACAAAUUGAACAUUGGUGAAAUCCGUCUCACAGCCAACCAGCAUCUCUUGAUUGCCAAGAUCCCUACUGCUCAUCGCGCCGAAAUUGACUCUUUCCUCCGCACUCACAAACUCCUCAUCACCAACCACUCUGGACUUCGACUCAACUCUAUGGCAUGCGUUGCUUUGCCUACCUGUGGUCUUGCCAUGGCCGAAUCCGAACGAUACCUUCCAAGCCUUAUGACAUUGAUUGAGGAGAUCUUGGACGAACACGGUCUCCGUGAUGACGCCAUCACCAUCCGUAUGACAGGAUGUCCCAAUGGGUGCGCUCGUCCCACAAUUGCUGAAAUUGGGUUCGUGGGUAAAGCGCCUGGGGCAUACAACAUGUACUUGGGCGGCGGUUUCGUCGGAGACCGAUUGAGCAAACUAUACCGGGAGAGCAUUGGCGAGGAAGAAAUUAUUAAAGAAUUGAGGCCGCUUUUGGCACGAUAUGCCCGCGACAGGAUUCACGGGGAAAAGUUUGGCGAUUGGGUUAUUCGGGCGGGAGUUGUGAAGGCGACAAGAGCUGGAAAGGACUUUCAUGAUUAGUUCAAUGUGAUUUGCAUAUUUUUCUUUUUAUAAUUGCUUUAUUUGGACCUGGGCAAGAUCUUUGCUUUUAGUUACUGUUGGAUUGUUUUUUCUAUUUUUCUUUUCCCAGUGUGAAUAUGAUCAUGCAUCAGACUUUUUGAUGGCCUUGAAAUCAUGUCAUGUUAAUCGCAUGCACGG